AUUCUCUUCCCCUCUCUGCUCGGUGCUCCUGGUCACUGAUCUUUGCUUUUCCCUGUCGCAGUUCAGGCUGUCUGGUCAGACAUGGCUUUCACACAGAACACGCAGCCAGAUGCUGCCAAAAGUGAGGUGGUAACUGGCUUGCAGGCCAUGGAGAUCGAUGGAUCCAGCCAGGAAGGAGACAAUGGCACCCGAUACGAUAUGACGGAAAUGGAGCGCAUGGGCAAGGCCCAGCAGUUCAAGCGCAAUAUCCGUCCCUUGGCUGCCCUUAGUUUCUCGGCGGUACUCCAGGCUACCUGGGAGUACAUCAUGCUGUCGGACUAUGAAGGUCUGCAAGACGGCGGCCUGGCGGGCAUGCUGUGGACCUACGUCUGGAGCUCGAUUGGAUUCGGGUUCAUCAUCGUCUCUUUGGCUGAAAUGGCCUCCAUGGCGCCCACAUCCGGAGGUCAGUACCACUGGGUCUCGGAAUUUGCAUCGCCACGGUACCAGAAAUUCCUGAGUUACGUGACCGGCUGGAUGUCGGUUUUAGCAUGGCAGGCCGGUACCGCAUCAGGCUCCUUUUUGACCGGAACCGUCAUCCAAGGCCUGAUCAGCGUCCGUGACCCCAACUACGACCCCACCGGGUGGCAGGGAACGCUGUUUGUCUUUGCCAUGAUCCUCAUUGCCUUGUACUUUAACAUCUUCGGCUCCGGGCUCAUGGCGCGCAUGCAGAACCUGCUGCUGGCCACACAUGUGUUCUGCUGGGUCGUGGUGGUGGUCACCCUGUGGGUGCUGGCUCCGUUGCAAUCGGCGGAAGCGGUGUUUACCAAGUUUGAGAACUUUGGUGGAUGGUCAUCCAUGGGUCUGACCGUGAUGGUGGGCCAGCUGGCGGCCAUCUACGGCUGUCUCAGCUCGGAUGCAACGGCCCACAUGUCCGAGGAAAUCAAGGACGCUGGCCGAUAUGUGCCGAUUGCCAUCACCUGGUCCUACUUUGCCAACGCCAUUCUGGGGUUGAUCGUGUUGAUUACGAUGCUCUUUGCGACGCCGUCCGUGGAGGACUCCUUGAGCGACGACACCGGCUUCCCGUUCAUCUACGUGUUCAAGCAAGCCACCAACACGGCCGGCGUCAAUGGUCUUACAGCCAUCAUUCUCAUCCCCGUCAUCCUCAGCAACAUCCUUUUCAACGCCUCCACCGCGCGACAGACCUUCUCCUUUGCGCGUGACCGCGGACUACCAUUUUCCAGCUGGAUCGCCAAAGUCGACGAGAAGCGUAAACUCCCCGUCAACUCCAUCCUCCUCAGCUGCCUGAUCAGUGCACUCUUAGCACUGAUCAACAUCGGCUCCGAAACAGCCUUCAACGCCAUCGUCUCCCUCAACGUAGCGGCGCUAAUGUUCUCAUACUCGAUCUCCAUGAGCUGUCUCAUCUGGCGCAAGAUCUGGCACCCUCACACCCUGCCACCGGCUCGCUGGGGAUUGGGGAAAUACGGACUGGCAGUCAACAUCAUCGGCUGGCUGUACGUUGUGUUUGCGCUGUUUUGGUCGUUUUGGCCCGAGUCAACCCCCGUCACAGCCGAUACGUUUAAUUGGAGUGUGGUGAUCUUUGUGGCGGUGUUUUUGGUGAGUUUGGUCAUGUAUGUGGUUCAGGGGAGACAUCAGUAUGAUGGGCCAGUGACGGUGGUGAAGAGGUGUGGGGAUUUGUAGGGCUUUCUACAUGUGUAAGGUGUCAAUAUGUAUAGAUUGGUAUAUUUAUCCAGACCUAGGGAUGCUGUCGAUUAGCAAAAGCAACGAAACU